GCCACACAGCUACACCUCUUAUUCUUUUUAGGAUCCACACUCCUCUCCAUCAUGGACUCUCCUCGGGUUCGUGCCCUUCUCUCCGCCGGAUAAAAAAACACUUUUGGAUAAACUCGUAUUAUGAUGGGAAUAUACAAUCGGUGCGCUCCUGCCCGUGGAUUUAUACAGCCUUGAUGGAAACCAUGUCACCGCAGCAGGGGACGAUGGGACAGAACAGGUCCGACUCUCUGACAGGAGAGAGCAAGGCGAUUCCCGACAAUAAAAAGAAGAUGAAGACUUUGGCCCAGAGACGUCAGUCGGCUCCAUCGCUGGUCAUCAGCAAAGCACUUACCAGAUCGAAAAGCACAUCCAGGGAAAGCUGCCUGUCGCCAGUCAGCCCAGAGUCAUGUCCCCUCGUGCAGGCCUUCCUGGCGGAGUGUCCAGGCCGUGUGUUCCUGGGUCACGCCCAAACGCAGCUAAAGAUGGGCCUUCAGACCCAAGAGAGACACCUCUUCCUCUUCUCCGACACGCUCCUUGUCACCAAGGCCAAGUCUCCCACUCAUUUCAAAGUGAAGGCCCAAGUCCGCGUGUGUGAAAUGUGGACGGCCAGCUGCAUGGAGGAAGUUUGUGAAGGAAGCACUAACCCAGAGAGGAGCUUCGUCAUGGGCUGGCCAACGAGCAACUGCGUGGCCACCUUCAGCUCUGAGGAGCUCAAGGAAAAAUGGUUGGCACUCAUCAAAAGUCGGAUAAAUGAGGGAAAAGAAAAUGACGACCCCAAGACCAUUCCACUGAAGAUAUUUGCAAAGGAUAUUGGAAAUUGCGCAUAUGCCAAGACGCUUGCGGUCAGCAACAAUGACAGCACAACUGAUGUCAUCCGCAUGGCUCUGCUGCAGUUUGGCAUAUCAGGUUGUGUGAAAGACCACCGGUUGUGGGUGAACUCCAGUAAGGACGACCCUCCAUAUCCUCUCAUAGGCCACGAGUUUCCCUUCAGCAUUAAGAUGAGCCAUAUUCGGGAUAGUGGGAGCAGUAGUGGAGGACUGGGAGGAGGAGCAGGCAGAGAUUCAUCGAGUCCCACAGAUUGUUCAGGGGUGUUGCUGCUGGACCAGUGUCUCCCACCAGACACCCAGUGCCAGUUCAUCCUCAAACCCAGCAAGGUUGCUCCAGGACAGACUUCUCUUUUAGAACCGGGAUCGCAGAAGUCUUUUAAGAGGAAGAGGUCUCUGAUCAACUGGCCUUUCUGGAGAGGUUCCAGCAGCCAGCUGGAUGGCCUGCCCCUGUCCCCGACCUCACUCUCACCCACUCAGGGACGGCUGUUCGGACGACCCCUGAGCUCCGUCUGCUCUCCAGACCAUGGCCUGCCUAAGCCUGUCAUGGACAUGUUAGUGUUCCUGUACCUGGAGGGGCCCUACACCAAGGGAAUCUUCAGGCGGUCGGCAGGAGCUAAAACCUGCCGGGAGUUGCGGGACAGACUGGACGCCGGGACAGAGGAUCCAGAGAUCACACACCAAUCUGCGUUCGUCAUUGCUGCUGUCCUGAAGGACUUCCUGCGAAACAUCCCAGGCAGCCUGCUGUGUGUGGACCUGUACGACCAGUGGAUGGAUGUGAUGGAGGGGGAUGAAGGGGAGGAGAGGACACAAGCCGUCAAUAGGCUGCUCCGCCUUCUGCCCGGCGACAACCUGCUCCUGCUGCGCCACGUGAUGGCCGUGCUGCACUGCAUCCAAUGCAACGCCCACGACAACCAGAUGAACACAUUCAACCUGUCCGUCUGCAUCGCUCCCAGCAUGCUUUGGGCCCCGGCACCCAGCACCCCCGAGAUGGAGGGGGAGGGUACCAAAAAGGUGUGUGAGCUGGUCCGCUUCCUCAUAGAGAACUGCACCAGCGUCCUGGGAGAAGACGUCACCUCUCUGUUUAGAGCCUUCAGCCAGAAGAGCAGCAGCAGCGACCAUGGAUCAGAUGUUUCAUCCUUUCAGAUGAACGACUCGUCCUACGACAGCUUGGAGAACGAGCUGAACGACGACCCCGAGUCCCCCUACCAGGAGCAGCUGCCCCUGCGCGACAAGCCGGACAGCUGCAGCCGUGACUCCGUCAUCACCCUCAGCGACUGCGACCCGGACCCCGAACCGGAGACCGACCACCUGCUGCAGCUCCCCCCGCUGGCCAGGCCGCGCAGGUUCAGCCCCGCCGUGCGACAGCCGCGCACCCGCCAGUCCAACUGCCCGUCGCAGGGUCCCAGGAGACUGAGGAGGAGCUCGGAGCCCGCUUUGGCGCUGGCGAGCACCCCUCCUUCCAGCACGGUGACGGUUCAUGCCGAUAAGCACGGCCUGCCGAUAAGGAAGGCGAGCUACGACGCCGCCAUCGAAGGGGAGGGGGAGGAGGAUGAAGACGAUGUGUUCAUGCAGCAAGGACUGAACGGGCUGCAGCUAAAAGAGGAAGGGGACACAUGUGAGAAGGGAGGAGCCAAAACCCAGAAUGGUGGGCGGAGGAAAAUGAAGCACGCCCCUCCUCCUCCGCUCAGACUGGACGCCAGCUGUUCCAGUCUGUCGUCCCCGGCGACCUCUCCCACAGGCUCCUCCCUCAGCUCUUUAGACUCCGCCUUCUCGCAGUACUCUACUGACUACGCCACCAACGGGGUGAACGCAUUGGGCGAGCCGGCUCCUCUCUCCCCUCUCUUUCCCGGUCGGCCCCAGCUGUCUCCGAGGGGCUCUCCUCCUCAGAGGGAAGCCCCGCCUCAUUGGCCGCAGUCCAGCCACGCCCCCCGGACCAGCCAAGUUCCCUCCGGCCACCCCAACACGUGGCUCAAGAAGGACCGACGCCUGUCACUGAGGCAGUCUAAUAACGGACACACAGAGGAGGACUUGGCGAACGGGAAAAGUCACUCUACCUGUAACGGCAACCUGGAGGCUUUGAUGAUGAACCAAAACUGCCAGAGGAGGUCCAGCAGCCCCCCGUCCUACCAGCAGGCUCUGAUGCAGCUGCAGCGCAGUCGAUCUCCUUUCUAUAGGGGGACGGAGAAACCUCUGACCGUCAGAGAGUUCAGGCUUCUCCACGACCAGACCUCCACCUUCAGACCCCCCAACAACUCCAAGCCACACACAGGAGGCGAGGUCACACAGAGGCCAGCCGAAAGUGAGUGCGUGCAGCCCCCCCAAGGUGUGUUUUAUGGACAAAGCACCACCACUCUGGUCCUCCAAAGGCAGAACUCUUUAACUCCAGCCACAGAAGGAGACAAAGGGAAGACCCUUCCCCGGCGAGCGUCCGAACCCGCCAAGGUGGAAUCGGCCAGUCUCACCCUGGACAGACCUCGUGUCUCUAAAAGCCAGGCUCAAGACGGGGGUCUGAGGGUGUCAGACGUGGAGCCCAAAAACUCUCCGUCUUCCACCGAGCAACGUUUCUGCCUGUCUCCCUCCGCCACCCGAGCCGUAAGGGACUACUUCUGCUCGCACAGCCAGUCUGAUGCGGAGGCCUGCCUGAGGAGGAGCCAGGAGGUGGCGCUGGCCAUAGUGCAGGGGAAGAGGGAGUGGCAGAACAGGCGGUGCAGCGACCCGCGAGUGGACGACUUUGACCAGCUGUUUUUUGCAGAAGAGUCAUACGUGUAAAUGAGAAGUGUGUACAGAUGAACUGCAUGAGAGAGAGAGAGACUGAUUUUUAUUUGAUACGUUGGCUUGUAUGCAGCUGUUUUAUUAUUGAUGUUAUAAUAAUAUUCAUCCGUAUACACCUUGUUCCUCAUGGCAGCAGUCAGCCCAAUAGAAAAAAAGCUGUUCCUGUUUACUGUUAACGGUACAUCCAAGGUACACAUGCACUUCCUGCUUCAGUGUUUCACCCCUGGUAGCCGAAAUCUUUUAAAAUGUACGUUUUGAUUUCUUUUUCUGCCGUGAUAUCUGGUGGAAAAAAAAGUUGAUAUAAAACGUUGAAGCGAUGGGUCAUAAUAAGAAAUUCACAGAACGAGUUUUAAAGCGUUUCCUCGUAUUUGAAGGUUGCUUCGUAGCGCUGCAGCUGGAAUCCUCCAAACAUCAUUUAUUGAGUGGUGACACCCGAUUAAGAGAAUUCAUGAAAGAGAGAGUUUAAUUGGACAUCUGGAUCCCGAAACAAUCGUUAAAGCCUCCGUCAAAAAUUGGGUCACCGUCGCGAGCUCUGAAAAAUAUUUUUUGUCCUCGUUCGUGUCCUGGUUUUGCCUUUGGAAUGUGUUGUUGCCUUUUUCAGCGCAUGAAGAAAUAAUGAAGCAAGAGGAGAAAGAGGACAAAGGAGCUCUUUUUUAACUAUUCUCCUUUUGAAAAAAAAAAAAAUUAAAUACGUUUUUAGUGUUUCCAGCAAAAAAUCUGGUGAGAAGUCAAGGUGAUGACAUAUUUCUGUAUUCAGUUUUUGACAGCCAAACAUACAACACUUUCAACUAAAAUUCAUACUAUACUGUAUUUCAUAAUCACUUACAAAGCAGAUUUCAGACAGGGACACAUCAAGGCAAAAAAACAAUGUUAGGGUACAAAAAUGUUGGCUGAUUGUGUAGAAGUAACGACAACAAUAUGGUCAAGAUGACUGCUGUGACUUCAUGCAAAUACUAUACACACAUGCUUUCAGCUCUACUCACAACACCUGUAAUCAUUACUGUUUUACCAGAGGAGGAACUUUUUAAGACAGAUAUUCGCUGUCCUUAUUUGUACCUUAAAAAACCCAUCUUAGACUAUUUUAAGGGCAUUCUUUUACCUUUUAUGACCAAUGGCCAUCCUUAUUGUCAACUUUUAUUUCCCUAGAGAGUGAAGCACGUGUCUGAUUCAGCAGUGAAUCAGCGGGGCAGGUAUUUAUUCAUGUCUAUUGUUUCCAGACACACAGCACACAUAGUGUUGUCCACUGCAGCUCUGGUUUCUAUCGCUGUGACCUGGGAGGGGAGGAGCAAGGAGGGA